AUGCCCUUCAACACACUCGGAGUCGCGAGUGCAGUGACGCCGUCGGUCAUCGAGACCUACUUCUCCCACUACCUCAACAGGAGUCCGAACAAGCAAAAGCCCACGGCACACAUUUCCUACCAUGAGGGUCUGCGACUGAUCCGUCAAUUCCUCGACUACAGCUCCAAGCACCCCGUCGAAGACCUCCAGAACUUCACUGCACAAUGGGUCCCGGUGCCCACCUGGGUCCGCACCGUCGACGUCGAAGUGCCGCCGCAGUUCUUGAACCGAUCCGCCAAUUGCCUCAAGAAUCAGCUUCGCAAUGUGGAAAAGGUCGGCGGCGAUAAGUGGUGGCAGUGGAGGCGUCCCGAGAAGCCCCUGCACGCGGAAUGGAUCGAGAUGAAGAAGGACUUCAACGAGCGGAAACGCGCAGGCACCAAGUGUGACCGUGUCAUCCUGUACGUGCAUGGCGGUGCGUACUACUUCGGCAGUGUGGACGAGCACCGCUAUCAAAUGCAACGGCAUGCAAGGAAGCUCAAGGCGCGGGUCCUCACCCCGAGGUACCGCCUGGCACCCCAGUUUCCUUUCCCAUGUGGUCUGCACGACUGCAUCGCCACCUACUUCUACCUGCUAGAACACUUUGAACCGAAUCAGAUUUUGUUUGCGGGAGACUCCGCCGGCGGAGGCAUGGUGUUGAGUAUGCUGGUCACAUUACGGGAUCAAGGUUGCCCGUUGCCAGCUGGAACCAUUCUCCUCUCUCCAUGGGUCGACCUCACACAUUCGUUCCCCUCGACAGCGGCCGAGGGUUCGCUUGAUUACAUUCCGUCGCACGGCUUUCACCACAAACCUUCGAUGAUAUGGCCACCGCCUCCUGGUGAAGACGAGGGCAAGCAUGCAACGGCGGCUCGAAAGUUCACUCAACCCGUAGAACAACCGUUUGACGUGGUCGAACUCCCCGCGACUAUUGACGACGGUAUGAUAAGCCGUAAAUCCAGUCGUGAUGAUGUGCGUAUUCCAGAGUCGUCGAAGAGGAAGCCUAUCAUCCCGGUCAAUCAAAUCCCCGGCAUGGGUCCUCGACUGGAAAUUACAAUUGACGACAAACUCGUGGUUCUGCGCGAACAGAUUCAACUCUACACGAGGAACGCACUACUCACUCAUCCACUCGUAUCCCCUGUGCAGCAGCCGUCUUUGGGUGGCUUACCACCUAUGCUGAUCCAGACUGGCGGCGGUGAGCUCUUACGCGAUGAGCAGAUCUACAUUGCGCACAAGGCCGCGAAUCCGCGCAGGUAUCCGCCCAGCGAAGCUAUCAUGGCCGAGUGGGAUCCUCAACGCACGACGCUCAACCAGUACCCACCCACCGACGUACAGUUGCAGGUUUGGGAUGAUCUUUGCCACGUUCCCCAUACUCUGUCCUUUACACGGCCGGCAAAAUACAUGUAUCGCUCGGUCGCUCAAUUCGGUGCCUGGGCUUUGUCCCGAGCGCAGCAAAAGGGCAUCGAUAUCCCUGAUGAUGCCGCGAGYGUCGUCAGCGACGGCUCAGAGACCGACGUGGAUGAUCGACCGUCCACACGCAACAGCAUACAUAAGGAGGACUCAUUCGCGGUCCCGCCGCCUCAAAACAACCUACAAUCAAUCGGCACGGUGGGUAAAGCCGGAGACGAGUUGCCUCCAUUCCGCGAUCACAUGAUUCGCCAGCGAAUAGACGGCCAUGGACUCAUCUUCCCACUGCCACUGCCAUCAGAAAUCAGUGCUCUGAAUAUGGAUCCUAUCAGCAUUGGCGCCAUCAAAGCUGGACCUGUUCAAAAGUGGCUGGCGAGACGCGCACAGAGCGAGCUGAAAUACGCAAGCGAUUAUAAGAAAAUUGCCAAAAAGCGAGCCAAGGAAGAGAAGAACGGCUAUGAUCGUAUGGAGCCUGGCGAAUCCCCUCCUUACACCGCUCUAGUCAGCCGACGGAGAAAAGGUGUGGUCGAGGGCGAGAAGAAGAAGGGCAAAUCAUGGGGUCUGGCCAUGUGGACCGGCUGGGGUAGCUCUCACGAUGAGAACACCAUCGAGAGAGUGGAGAGUCAGCAGCAGGAGCAGGAGCAGGAGCAGGAGCAAAGUGAGAGUAGGCCUGUCAGCAGGCUUGCUCCUGCCAUUACUACCAAUGAGGCAAAUCGACACCGGGAUGCACCUAACGGAAGAAAUAUGGGUGCCACUGGAAGCCACGCGGACAUAGACUUGAAGAUGCAACGCAGACGCUCCGGUGGAACAGUGUUCUCGAAGACAUCGUCCAAAGCGGAGAAGGACAACGAUGCCUAUGCAGCGUUCAAGCUUGCGUCUGGCCUUGAAACGAAGAGGGUCAACAAAGGCAAAGCCAAGAGCCAGCUGAAGGGCAGUCCUAGUUUUGACAACAGAAGCAACGUCACCUCUCCUGCCCUCACAGCGAGGCGGUCUGGCAGUGCCAAAGUCUCGAUGGAGCAGACGCAACAAUCUCCUAAGAGCCCUCCUCGAGCACCACCUACCRUAUCAGAGACUAGGCAAGAACCCGCCCUUCGAGUCCCUGGAUCAGCAAACACCUUUCUAGACCCGGAGAGCUCGCGGCCGCACAACGGAAUAUCUGCAUAUCCUUUCAAGUUGCGCCCCGAUGCUGCUGGUGAAAUUGGAAGACAGGCGUCUCCAAAUCCGUCCACCGUGACACUUGACAGCCUCAAUAAUGGAGUGGAAGAGAUUCAACCUUUCCCAAUUAGGCAGAAUAGAGAAAGCUCCAUUCCGAACGGUGGGAUCUUCGCGGCCCCCGUCGAGCUACCCACCGAUUUGAAGCAAGUAGCGCAGGGAAAUGCGACCGGGCUCAUAUCGGGCCCACCGCCGAUCACCGAAGCUACAGAAGACGCACACGCUACUACCACUUCUCCAACCUCUGGGCGAGAUCGUCCUGUCUCUAUUCCUUCAAACUCCCCAGCUUUGCAGUACAUCCGAAACCUGGAUACUGCUGACUUUGAUAAUCCUGUGCCUUCGGACCCGAAUACGCCCAUAUCGCCAAUCGAGGGAACCAGAGCUUUUGACGCAUCCAGCUCGACGACAUCAAUUCCUUACAACAGCAAGWGCCAAAAGCAGAUUCGAGAUUCGAGACUGGGCAAUCUAGGAGCAGACGGUAUGCCUCUUAGUGCUUUCAGCUGGCGUGCUCCGCCUGCACCAACGAGCGAGAGUCAGACUGCGGCAGCGACAACUACCAGCCCAGUUGAUACAGGUGGCGGACAGCCCUUUUUCAAGGUGCGGAAUCCGGUCUACGACGCUAGAGCUCCCGCUGAAACGGAGCCUGCGGCGGCAGUGGCUGCUGCUACACCUGCAACGGUUCCGUCCGCAGCUCCGUUCAAAAUGAGGCAUGUAGUCUACGAUGCCAAAGUUGCACCGCCAGCCAGCCGAGCUCCAGAAACCCGGGCCCCAGACACCCGGGCUCCAGACACCCGGGCUCCAGACGUCAGCGCGCAACCCCCUCCAGUUGGUAACGCUACACCGCCUGCUAAACCGGCUCCACGCCCUAUUCCUCUGCAGGCUGACAGCACUGGCACAUUCCGACCUGCUCCGCCCCCAAAGGAUGUGAGGAAUCCCCCUGGCGUGGAAGGACCAAGGCAGUCUUCGCUGAGAGCUCACUCGGGACCUGACAAGUCUUCAAACGAGAGAACAAUGGGCAGUGCCACUGCUUCUGCAAUGUCGCCACCACCAGCCAUCGGCGACUUCAGUUUUGAGAGCGACGCGAAGACGGAGAGACCACCUCUGGAGACGUAUGUCACCGCCAGUGAAGCACUGGUGUUGGAGGGAAAGGAAGGUCAGGCUUUUUGA